AUGUUCAAACCAACACAGUCAAUGUUGGCGCGUGGUCGCUUGCGCCUAACUACCAAGCAAGUGAACGGAGGAUACUACAAGGGAAAUCGCACCGGCUCGAUGGGUGUCUGGGACAAGAGAGGCACAUACAAGCCUGAUCCCUCUAAGCACCGUGUCUACAUGUCACCGGAGAAGCUUGAGAUCCCGGGGAAGUACUACUCAAGCAACGAAAAAAAGCAGCCUUUCUUGCUCGCCCCUUUCAUCACCAAACACAUGCGCCAAACCCCGUCGAAUUACGUGCAGGAUAUUGAGAGGAAUGGCAGAACGUCUACUGUGAUCCGAGCAUUCCAGGGUACAGACUAUCUGCAGAUGUGGGCCGACACUGCCGAAGGUGCAGAGGUUCGGUCAACAGAACCCAUGCCCGAGAAGACUGAGACUGUGCCCACUCCCAAAUUGAAGCGAGUUGAGCAAAAAGAGCUGCCUACCAAGCCAACGCCCGAGGCUUCCAAGCCAACAAUCAAGACCAAGAAGUCGAAGACACCGAAAUCCGUUAGACUUUUCUAG